UCAGAAAAGAGUUCUUCAGCCGUCUUCUUCCCUGAGCUUUUUGUAUUCACUUAGAUAAAUAAACAAAGGAUCGAUCUUUCGAUCGUCCGAAGACAACCCCAUGGAUCGUAUCUCUGCAGAGUCGAUUACACUUGGAAAGUCGAGUCCAAUCGAAGGCUGGACAGUUGUUAUGAAUCGUCGGAAGAAGAGGAGGAACAAAGAUUUGCCCAAGUCUGGAAACCCUAAUCCACCAGAGGUACAACCUGCAUCUGUUGUUGAUCUUGAAGUAAAUCCCGAAAGGGAAUCAAGAUUGUUGCAGAAGAUGAUGCUAUACAUUAAGAAAGUUGAAACCUCUGACUUCUAUUCGACCUUCAUUCAUCAAAUUGGAUCUCCGGAGGUUCAGAAUUCCAUUCUUAGAGAUUUGAACGGUGAGUCGAAGAUGAAGAUGGUUAUUUAUGGAAUUGGUAGCAUUGAAUCAUAUGAAUCACCUCGUCUGCAACUUAGCUUAGCAAUUCUGAUGAAGAAAUCGUUAGGAUGGAUUGGAGAUGUUGAAGUGUUUGAUCCAAUCAUUAGUUUAACUGAAUCUAGAGUAAUGGAAACUCUAGGUUGCUCUGUGUUAUCGGUGAAUGAAGAAGGUAGACGAGAAGCUGUAGAAAAGGUGUUAUUUUUCAUGCCACAUUGUGAUUCAGAUCUGUAUGAUCAUCUUCUGGAGACUAAUUGGGGACUGGAGAAGCUGAAGAACAUUAUAAUUCUGGGUAAUAGCUUUGAGAAAUAUGAACAGCAUGCAUUGUUGAUGAGAAAUCCAGAUACUUUAAAUUCGAGGAAGCAUAUAUUGGCAGCCAUGAAAUUCACAAAAGAAGUUAAGAUUAAUUCUGUUUUAGAUGCAUUUCAUGAUUUGAGUUGGCAUUCUUUUCAUAUUAUUCACACUCAUCUUCUGCAGCUAUCAUCCAUUCAGAGCGUAAAUUAAGAAUAUAGCAGAUUAUAUCUGCAAUAUGUAAUUGAAAUUAUGAAUCGAAACUAUGAAAGAGCUUCUUAGAAUUGUUCUUAA